AUGAUGGAAAAAUCAUCAUGGGUGGUAGAAGUGGGCGGUGAUGACAAUAAUAAACUGUCAGAAAUCAUAGAAGCUGAGAAGAAGGAUUGGGACAAGCAUUCCAUCUACAAACUCCCACAUUGUGUGACCGACCUAAACGAGAAGGCCUACAAGCCUAGGGCCAUCUCGUUCGGUCCGUACCAUCACGGGGAGCCCAACUUAGCGGCAAUGGAAGCUCACAAAAGUAGAGCCCUGAUUCGGUUCCUGAAUCGAUCCCGGAAAUGCAUGGACUACUACAUUCACGUGUUGGAAGGCGCGGUGGUGGAGGAUUUGAUGGAUGCAUAUGAUGGUUUGGAUCCGAAAUGGAGAGAGGAUCCGAAAGGGUUCUUGAGGAUGAUGAUACGGGAUGGAUGUUUCAUGCUGGAACUGUUGAGGGCGUCGUCGGCGUUGUCGUCGUCUUUUGGAAAUGAUAUUGGGGGACAAGGAGGAGGAUAUGCAGACAACGAUCCAAUUUUCAGUAACCACGGGAAGCUCCAUAUGAUGCCUUACAUCAAGCGGGAUAUGUUGAUGCUUGAGAAUCAGCUCCCAAUGUUGCUGUUGACCACCUUGCUUUCGGAAGAAGAAGAGAUGAUCGACGAAAAGGUCGACGAGAAAGUGAACAAACUGAUUGUGGAGUUUUGUUCGCUGGACAAACAGUGCUACUUGGAGUUGGGGAAAUGCAAGCACGUUCUGGAUGUGUACCGCAAGGUAUUAUUAGGGGAUGAUAACCAUCCCAAGCUCGCAAAACUGCUGGCGUCGUCUUGGCUGCCAGAACGACCCACCACCGGUGACGCCUCCCGUCGGCAACGCAUCUCUACGAAGCCGGGAUUUCCAUCCAAAAGAGCGGCACCGAGAGCAUCAGGGACAUUUCCUUCCACGCGGGCAUCUUCAACGGCGUCCUCAGGAUUCCUCCGCUGA